AUAUCAUGGCGUACCGACGUUUGAAUUUAAUCGUUACGUGACGGUAUACGUGGAAAGUUUCUGGUACAUAUUCAAGUCAUAUUAAAUAUUAACGUUUAAAAGAAUAUAUCUGUCAGCUUCCUAUUUAAUAACCAACAUCUAUUAUGGAGAAUUUCGUGAAAAUUGAAAAGAUCGGUGAAGGUACAUAUGGAGUAGUGUACAAGGGGAAGCAUAAGAAAACUGGAGAGAUUGUAGCAAUGAAAAAGAUUCGUUUAGAAAGCGACGAUGAAGGAAUACCAUCCACAGCGAUUCGUGAGAUCUCUUUGCUCAAAGAAUUGCCACAUCCCAAUAUUGUCAGACUAAUGGAUGUUCUGAUGGAAGAGACCAGAUUAUAUUUAAUUUUCGAAUAUCUUACUAUGGAUUUGAAGAAAUAUAUGGAUACUCUGGGUAGUGGAAAAUUAAUGGAGCCAAAAAUGGUUAAAUCCUAUUUAUUUCAGAUUACACGUGCUAUUCUCUUCUGUCACAAGCGCAGAAUAUUGCAUCGUGACUUAAAGCCACAAAAUUUAUUAAUUGACAAAUCAGGAUUGAUUAAGGUAGCAGAUUUUGGUCUUGGGAGAGCCUUUGGCAUACCAGUCAGAGUAUAUACACAUGAAGUAGUCACUUUAUGGUACAGAGCUCCAGAAAUCCUUCUUGGUACUAAUAGAUAUUCAUGUGCCAUUGAUAUCUGGAGUAUAGGUUGUAUAUUUGCUGAAAUGGCAACAAAGAAACCAUUAUUUCAAGGAGAUAGUGAAAUUGAUCAGUUAUUUAGAAUAUUUCGGAUACUAAGGACACCUACCGAAGAGAUAUGGCCUGGCGUAACACAAUUGUCAGAUUAUAAAGCUACAUUUCCAAAUUGGAUAACAAACAAUUUGGAAUCACAAGUUAAAACAUUAGACGCAGAUGGGCUUGAUCUGUUACAAAUGAUGCUUAUCUAUGAUCCUGUGCAUAGAAUAUCGGCACGUGCUAUUCUGAAACACUCUUACUUCAAUGAUUUAGAUAUGUCGAAAAUACCAUCACUAUAAUACCGAAGACUGAUACAAAUGGAUGGAAUAUAUCCUACACAGAUACUGUAACGUUUUAAUUGUGUGACUGCAUAGAGAAUAUGUCUCAGGGUAUAUUGAAAUAUUAAUUUAUUCGUACGUAUGAACGCAUUUAACAUUUUUUUUUAUGUCUUCACUCAUUAUUUCACAUUAUGGAAAAUUUAUGUAACGAACUUUCGUUUUCUAUGAUACAUUUGAACAAUAUCACAAAUUUUUAAUAGAUGUUAUAAUAAAUCAUCGUAUACUCAAGCAAAAAAAAUUGUGUAGGAGAUUAAUGUUUGAAUGAUUCAUUUUUGCUGUAUAAAAGUUGUGUAACGUUAUUGAUGAAGCUGUGUGGUGAUAUUAUUGUAUAUUCUUAGGAUUUACCUUAGAU